UUUAUUUUCUCCAGCAGCCUGGAAAAAAAUUCCCAUUUAUUGUUCACUGCACUGCAGCCAACGAGAGAGAGAGAGAGAGAGAGAGACAGAGAGAUGGAGAGUGCGAAGAGAGCAGAAGCUGGGUCUUCAACAGGUCUUAGUGAGGAGAAGAAAGAGAGAGAACAAAAGGAAGUAUGUGAGAAACCCUUUCCUCUUGAAGCUUGCGAUGAUCAUGAAGAAGAAGAUGACGAGGAAGAUGGUGUUGGAGCUUCGUCUUGUUUUGUUCCUGGCCCUCUUGUUUCUCUCAAGGAGCAGAUUGAAAAAGACAAGGAUGAUGAGAGCUUAAGGAGAUGGAAGGAGAAGCUUCUUGGUUGUGUUGAAGGAGACUUGAAUGACCAAAUAGAACCUCAAGUCAAAGUCCACUCCAUAGGAAUUAUUUCUGAUGAGCUUGGGGAAGUUAACUAUCCCUUGCCGAUCGAUAGGGAUCGGAACGGUAAUGUCCUGUUUACUCUCAAAGAAGGAUCUCGGUAUCGGCUUAAGUUGACAUUCAGUGUUCUGCACAACAUCGUUUCCGGCUUAACAUACUCCAUCAUGGUGUGGAAGGCGAGAGUUCAAGUUGAUCGAAAUGAAGGAAUGCUGGGAACUUUUGCUCCUCAACGAGAACCAUAUGUGCAUGUUUUCGAUGAAGAGACUACACCGUCCGGGGUGCUUGCAACGGGAACUUACUCUGCAAAUCUCAAGUUUGAAGACGAUGACAGAAGAUGUCACAUGGAACUCAAGUACUCCUUUGAGAUAAAGAAAAGCAGAUAGGAAGCCGAGUUUUGAAAGAGUUAUGUACGUUGUUUUCUCCCUACUCGAUCUCGUUCGGGUUUUCGAGUGAUUAGAUUACUGCAAUUUUAGCUGAUCGGUAUCCAUCGAUGUCGCCAUACUGUAACUCGAAGAUGGAUCAGAGGAAGACUGUUCACGGGACUCAAAACUCUCACAUUGCUUGAGUACUCUAAACGCAUGUUGCUAUGAUUGGAAACAUAAAUUUGAAGAUUUUGAUUUAAUUUGUUAUAUAAAUCAUGUGGAUGA